CAGUCACGGCAGUUAAAGGGUUCAAAGAAGCAAUGUCUAAAGAAUUUGAGAUGUCUGAUCUCGGGUUACUUACAUACUAUCUCGGGAUAGAGGUUAAGCAAGGACCGAAUGGUAUAACAAUACAUCAAGAAGCUUAUGCACGUCGUGUUCUAGAAGAAACAAACAUGGAUGGAUGUAAUCUAACUCACAUUCCUAUGGAGUUUGGUUUACAAAUGUCAAAAGCCAUGGAUGAAGCAGAGAUUGAUGCUACUCAGUAUCGAAGGAGAAUAGGAUGUUUAAGGUAUCUAAUGCAUACAAGACCAGAUAUGGCAUUCUCAGUUGGAAUUCUAAGCAGGUACAUGUACUCACCUCGAGAAUCACAUGGGAAAGCAUUAAAGCAAGUUUUAAGAUAUCUUAAGGGAACUCUAAGCUAUGGAUUGGAGUAUAAGCAAGAAAAGAUGCAGAAACUUAUUGGAUAUAGUGAUAGUAGUCACAACACAGACCCGGAUGAUGGAAAGAGCACGACAGGCUACAUAUUUUGCGUUGGAGAAACACCUAUCAGCUGGAGCUCUCAGAAACAGGACGUAGUAGCCUUGUCGUCAUGUGAAGCAGAAUACAUGGCUGCAACAGAAGCCACGAAACAAGCGAUAUGGCUGCAAGAACUUAUGAGUGAGAUAACCGGAAGUAAAGAAGAGAAGACAUUGAUAAGGGUUGAUAACAAAUCGGCCAUUGCUUUGGCCAAAAAACCCGGUCUUUCACCGAAGAAGUAAGCACAUUCAUAAGCGGUUUCAUUUCAUAAGGGAGUGCGUGGAACGAGGACUGAUAGACGUGGAGCAUGUGCCCGGGACGAAGCAGAAAGCAGAUAUCCUAACUAAAGCUUUAGCCAGGAUCAAGUUCAAGGAGAUGAGAGACUUGAUUCAAGUUCAAGAAAAUGGCUUGAAGCUUAGAAGGGAGAAUGUUGGAUAAGCUUCAAGAGAAAGCUUAGGAAACAAGUUAUUCAUAAAAAAGGAAAGAUGAAUAACAAAAUCUAUUAGAUUUAGGAUUAAGAUAAGUUAAAGAUAAGAUUCCUAGAUCAACAUGUAAUAGGAUAAAAGUUAAGGUUCCUAUUGCCUAUAUAAAGAGAUCAAAGUGUAAGAUGAUCUCAUAAGAAAAAGAAAAGAAAGUUAAGAAAGAUAAAUAAAACAAAGCAACAGUUUUAUUAAGUUUGUGUUUGUGUUCUGUUCAUACGUUCUUAUCAAAGCUCAGAGUCUGCGACUUUACCGUCUUGAUGGUGAAGGUGGUGCAUCGUCAUUGGUGGAUAAAAUUAUUCUAAUCCAAUCUGUUAAGCACCACCUGAAUGAUCUGACAUUAAUAGAUAAGAAAACAAAACUAUAGUGCGCACUACUAUUUUUGGAUGAAUAUUUCAUGUGGUGAAGACUGCCGGAGGAGCUGCUUGUUGCCGGAGCACAAAGAAUCCUGAUGGCGGAGAAGAUAGCAGGAGAGGAAGUUGAGGCCGACGUGAAUAACCACCACAGCAUUCCAAGAGGGUCAUGGGAGAGUAAUGAUACAAUCCAUGCCCCAUAAUUAAUGUUUUAUGAAAUAUGACAUCAUGUUAUGCUCGUUAAUUCAACUGUAACAUGACAUCAUGUUAUGUUUGAUCCCUUGUUACCAUGCGAAUCAUAUGUUGCGUAUUAAUGUAGAAAUUUAACUAAAUUAAGACUA